AUGGGUGCUAUCUUUUCGCUUUUUCAUAAGAAGGAAACAAAAGUCAGUGAACAGGACAAGGCUGUUCUAGAAUUAAAAACUCAACGUGACAAAAUCAAGGUCUACCAAAAGAAAUUACAAACAGUUAUUCAGAAAGAACGAGAUGUGGCCAAACAAUUGGUACAAGAAGGAAAGAAGGAUUUGGCCAUGUUGGCUUUAAAGAAGAAAAAGUAUCAAGAAAGUUUAUUAGAAAAAACUCAUAAACAAUUAGAUAAUCUCCAACAAAUGGUUGAUCAAUUAGAAUUUGCUCAAAUUGAAAAACAAAUUUUGGAUGGACUUAAACAAGGAAAACAAGCUUUGGAUACUUUACAAAAGGAAAUGGGAUCAUUGGAAGAUAUUGAAAAAUUGAUGGACGAAACACGUGAAGCAAUUCAAUAUCAAGAAGAAGUCAGUAGAAUCUUGAGUGAAAGUCUUACACCUGAAGAUCUUACUGAUGUUGAAGAAGAUUUGAACGAAUUGGAAGCACAAUUGUUAAAGGAAAAUAUGCCAAAAGUCAACAAAACACCUCUUCCUACUGUAGAAAAACCAUCCGAAGUUGAAAUUGAGCAAGACGAAGAGGAA